AUGCCUCCCAAGAAGAAGGUCGCAGCAGCUGAGGGUGGCGAGGCUGAAGGCGGUGCAUUCCGUUGGACACUCGAGAACGCAAACAAGCUCCUCAUCCUGACCCAAGGCCGCUAUCUCACGGGCGAAGAUUACGAGCGUCUUGUUGGUGUUUUUCCUGGAACAAACCUCAACGGCGUAAAAAUCAAAGUCUCCCGUUUCCGCGUCGAGCAACGCAAACUCUUUGAUGAGUACGGCUGGACGCUUCCUGACGGUGGUGCGGUGCUGAAGAAGACUCCUACGCCGCGCAAGAACAAGAAGAGGGAUGCUGAGGAAGAGGCGGGAGAGGGAGAUGAUGUUGAGGAGGAGACUCCGAAGGCGAAGAAGCCGAGGGGUAGGCCGGCUAAGACUCAGGCAAAGAAGAAGGAGGAGGAGAGUGUUGAGGAGGAUGGUGGUGAGGGAGGUGGGGAGGAUGGUGGGAAGGUUAAGGAGGAGGUUCUUGAUGAGGAUAUGUAG